AUGAACGAAAGUGCUUGUGAUGAGCAAAGACGAAUAAGUGUCGAUAAGCCAAUAUUCCGCAGAAAUUAGCCAGAAUCUUCAGGUAUCUACAAAAUAUACUAAAUACCACCCUCGCAUGUGAGGGUACUAUGUGGUGGUGCUGUUCUUCUUCCGCUAGUUCAGGACCGAUGGCUGCGAUACGCAAAAAAUUAGUAAUCGUCGGUGACGGUGCUUGUGGUAAAACAUGUCUGCUGAUCGUGUUUAGUAAAGAUCAGUUUCCGGAAGUGUACGUGCCGACAGUGUUUGAGAAUUACGUCGCUGACAUAGAGGUGGACGGCAAACAAGUAGAGCUGGCAUUAUGGGAUACAGCCGGACAAGAGGAUUACGAUCGGUUGCGGCCGCUGUCAUACCCCGACACUGAUGUUAUUCUGAUGUGCUUCUCGGUGGACUCGCCGGACUCGCUCGAGAACAUCCCGGAGAAGUGGACCCCUGAAGUGAAACAUUUCUGCCCCAAUGUGCCCAUUAUACUCGUCGGAAACAAAAAAGAUUUACGCAAUGAUCCGGCUACUAUCAAUGAGCUUCGUAAAAUGAAGCAAGAGCCCGUGAAACCUCAGGAAGGUCGGGCUAUGGCCGAGAAAAUUAAUGCAUUCGCUUAUCUCGAGUGCUCUGCCAAGAGUAAGGAGGGAGUACGUGAGGUGUUUGAAACGGCGACUCGUGCCGCGUUACAGGUCAAAAAGAAGAAGAAGACUAGGUGUUCUCUGCUGUAAAUGUGCUGUUGGUGGGAGAACUCUGAUUUAUGAAUCGUUCGCAUACUGCCUGACACUUACGUUUGAAACGACUCGGACUGCAGCAGUCGCGAUGUCAGCCAUACAGUGCUUCCUUCUGAAACUGAUAGCUGACGCGACAUCGCGGCCCGCGUUGCACGCACACCCACUCAGUAUUCGUGUGGCUACACUUUCACAAUUGGUACUUGUAUAUUUUAUAGAUUUUAUCUAUAAAGGGUAAGCGUAAAUGCCUUAAAACAUAUGGUCGGGGGCAAUCGUGGGUCCUGUAAUGAUGGACUCACUUGAUUUUUUCGUGCUAUACUAUCAUGUUAUAUUAUUCAAGUAGCAUUUCUUCAUAUAGAUUUAUUCCUCGACCGGUGUCGUCUCACCGAGACUUGAUUGUUUAGUUUCAUAUUUUGUAUUUUAAUUUUUUCAAUAAAAUAGUGAUGUAUAAAUUG